AUGUAUCAAAUGUCCCGCAGCAUUCCGGUUAUAUGAAAAUCUAUGACCAAAAAAAAUCUCAACAUUUUCCACCGCAGAUCGUGCUAGCCACGUGCCGUAUACAGACAUGUCGGCGCAAGGCGACUGCGACUUUUUGGUGAAAAGGGCACGAGAGCUCGUUGCGGAAGAUCCUUGGGCUGCCAAGGCUUGGCUCAUCACCGCGCGCACCCUCUAUCCCACAGACUUCAACAUACAGUAUGAGAUGUACAUGAUCGAGCGUAACGCGGAGAGGACAACCUCAGCCGGCAGACUGCUCUACGACAUAUUCAUCAAUUUCCCAGACCAGCCAGUGGUGUGGCGUGAAAUCACGGUAAUCACAGCUGCGCUAAGGAAUGACAGCCAGGACAAACAUGCCCUCUUCCUCAAAGGCGUGUUUGAGACUCUUCCUGGCCCUGUGCAAUGUCAGAUGCUGUUGAAGGCUACAGAGCAGUGUUUUAACACUCUAGAGAAAGCAGAGAUGCUUCUUUUGUUGCUGAGGAGAUUCCCAGAGUCUGUAGUUCAGCACGGGGUCAGUUUAGGAGAGUCUCUUUUAGAGGCGGAGAAUGCGGAGGACUUGGAUACACCCGUCAACUGUUUCAGGAAGCUUUUUGUCUGUGAUGUUCUGCCGUUAAUCGUUAAUAAUGUGGAGAUGCGGCUUCCUUCAAGUCUGUUGUACAAGUACAUGCACACAGCAGCCGAGUUUUACAUCGGCUACGUAACACGAGGCCCCUGCGCAGACACCCAGUUACAGGGAUCUCAGGAGGUAGCUGGGCUUAAGUCUCCAGGACUGGGGCGGGGCCAGCGUUACGUUAUUGAUGGCCUAUCAGAAAAAUCGUCAGUGGUGGCAGAGCCAUGGGAGAGGCUGCUUGAGAUAGUAGGUGUGGUUGGAGCACGGUGUGAGUGGCAGGGAGAGAAAGGUAGCAGGACAUAUACAGAGCUAUUGCAGCGCGUGAAAGACUUGUGCCGCUACCUGCCCAGUCUGGAAGGAGAGACACUGUCCCACUGUUGUAGCCAGAUCGUCACCUGCUCCACCCUUGUGCUGUUCCACAGCUCCUACCUUUACGUCUCCGCUGUGCAACCCUCACUCUUUCAGGGUCAUAACUCUCUGGCCUCGACUCCAUGGGUCCUCUUAGAGGAUCUUUCAAGUGUGUUUAAUGAUGUCGAGGUAGAGCGAUCGAGCGGUAAACACACACACAAGAAACGCAAGCUUGCAGACGGACGAGAGAAAACCAUGGUGAGGAUUACCAAGAGUUCUGAUGAUGAAGACGCUCUGGGUAAGGGACGAGGAAGACACAUACUGGUGAAUAAAACAGAAAUGAUGGGGUGGGUGGAGACUUUGGAACAUUUCCGCACAGCGAGAGAGAGUUGGGACCUCCUACACUCCCAUGACACUCUGGAAUCAGAAUUCAAUAAGAUAUGCACAGCAUGGAAGACAGAGAACUGGCUGUGGUACAGAAUAUUCCUCACUGACAUGAUCAUAUACCAGGGUCAGUACAGGAAGGCUCUCUCCAGUCUGGUGCAGAUGUCUUCUCUACAGCCCCAGAGUUCACUCACAGCAGCCUCCAACCUGGAGACACACAGAGCCGUAAUACAGCAGGCGUCCUGCCACUACGCUCUGGGGGAGCACAGGCUUGCAUGUGAGAAGGUCUUGGAAGUUGUCAGUGGUCUGGUGCCUCAGAAUCAAGAACCAGUGAAGUGCAGUGAAGAAUCCAGCCGUGCUAGAGGCAAACCCAGGAAAGGCAACGACCUGAGGCUUGUUCCUUGCACCAGCAAAGACAUUCUGCCCUUCUGUCUGCAGCUCAUGCUGGCAUGCUUCAAGCUGCGGGCAUUUGCAGAUGGUAGCAGAGAUGACCUGGCUCUGGGUCAUGUGAUCGUUCUUCUACAGCAUGAUUGGCCGCUGGGAGAGGCCCUCUUCCUGAAGGCAGUGGACAGAAUUUGUGACCAUGGGAGUUUUCAGUAUGAGAACUUCUUUAACUACGUCACCAACAUUGACAUGCUGGAAGAGUUUGCAUAUCUGCGUACGACAGAAGGGGGUCGGGUCCAGCUAGAGCUGCUGCCUAACCAGGGCCUGCUGAUUAAGAACCCCAGCCCCGCCCUGGGGGUGGAGUUAAAUACCCUGCUGCUUCCAGGGGCUCAGAAGGCUGACAGACAUCACACCGUGACCCGUGGCAUCACCAAAGGCGUGAAGGAAGAUUUCCGUCUGGCGAUGGACCGGCAAGUGUCUCGCUGCGGAGAAAACCUGCUCAGUGUGUUGCAUCGUUUCUGCAUCAACGAGAAGAUUAUACUCAUCCAGUCCUUACCUUGACCUUUGACACACGCCCUCUGCCUUUUGUCCUAUCACUCCAUUGUGUCCUUUAAUAGGGCUGCUUGACUCCCUCUGGUACAGGUGCCCAUCAUAGCAGCACGUCCAUUCGCACUCAUUAAUGUGACUACAGGUUGGACUGAAAUACAGACAACACUGUCCUAACAUACAUAAAUCGCCACUCCACAUUUUGUUUACUGCCUCUUUUUCAACUGUCAGUGUUUCCUGUUGACUGUUGUAGACUUAUAAAGCAGUUUUAGUGGUGGAUCAAAUGAUGUGGUGUGGCCUCUAAAGAGCAUUGGUUUUCAUUUUCACUUCAGUUGAAUUCCAGUCAGGCUUGUUGUACUUACAUGUGAACGUGCAGGGAAACCUACCUCAUCACAUCUCUUGGAUGUCACCCAACAAGCUCGGUCUCUAUCUAAGGGGGUUCUUACAAGGAUGGUUCUGCCUGACUGAGGCAUCACAGGACGUCCGCAGUUUCCACUGCUGGAACCAUGGCUUGUCUUGCCAUAGACAGCACGUAUAACACUGAGUGCUAAUGACUACACGGAUUUACAGUAGCUGGCAUGAUCGGACUGAGAUUUGGUUAUUAAGUUUAUCUAGGAAUGUGUAGCUUAGGAAAAAAAAUCUUGAAUGUGUCACUUUGCUUUCGUAGCAUCCUACAUUUUUCCCAUAUGAUAUUUUGAUUUUGUUCAUUGAAAUGUUGGACUCAGUCAUUUCUUAAUGCAGCUACGCUAGCAAUCUGAACCUCAAAAACAAUAUCAGUACUCAUUAAUAAGUAAUUUGUCCAUAUUUUGGACAUCUUAAAUGAUGAUUGACAUUGUAUAAACUUUUAUUUCAAGAAAUCAAUAACAUACAAAUUUGUCUUUAUAUAAAAUUUCUAAGACUUUCAUUUACAUUGUUGUCCACAAAUUUGUCCACAAACGGUAAUAAAUAUCUUGUUUUGUAUCUA